CUACUGGCACUUCAUAGUAAGUUAAAGUAAGUAUCUUAGGCCUAAAGUCAGGCACAUAUAUAAGCGAUACUGGAUCGUUAGGAAAAGUUCACCCGCGCUGGGAGCAGGGCUGAGCUCGGACCACCUCAUGCUUGCAUGUGAAGAGAGCGUGCGCAGCAGUGGUUCAAAUCCUUGCUUCGGGAACCCCCGCUUCGGCAAACUGGCUGUGGAGCAGGAUGGAUGGAGUGUGGCCAUUGACUAAAACAGCCGUGUUGCCUCGGCUUAGCAACCGGCAGCUCUGGCCCGUCUCCGUUUACCGACGUCAAAGGACACUGUUAUUAGAAGGGCACAGCAACACUUCCCGGUUCAUUGCUGCUAAGGUAGCUUCUACCUGACCUGAAUCUCAAGAUUGCAACUUCCUUUCUUUUUUGCACACCCUUUUUCCUCCUCCACAUCCCUCCAUCACCCAUCACAUAUACACAUCUCAUCAUGACGGACCAAUUGAGAUACGACGGCCAGGUCGUUGUCAUCACAGGCGCCGGCGGAGGUCUCGGCAAGGCUUAUGCCACUUUCUUUGCGUCGCGUGGCGCGAGCGUCGUGGUCAACGACCUCGGCGGGUCUUUUAAGGGCGAGGGCACAAACACCAAGGCCGCAGAUGUGGUAGUGAAUGAGAUUAAGGCCGCUGGCGGCAAGGCCGUCGCCAACUAUGAUAGCGUUGAGAACGGCGACAAGAUCAUUGAGACGGCCAUCAAGGCGUUCGGGCGCAUCGACAUUCUCAUCAACAAUGCCGGUAUCCUGCGCGAUGUCAGCUUCAAGAACAUGAAGGACCAGGACUGGGACCUGAUCUUCAAGGUGCACGUCAAGGGCAGCUACAAGUGUACCCGCGCCGCUUGGCCCUACUUCCGCAAGCAGAAGUACGGCCGCGUCAUCAACACGGCAUCGGCCGCCGGUCUGUUCGGCAACUUUGGGCAAGCCAACUACUCCGCCGCCAAGCUUGCCAUGGUCGGUUUUACCGAGACGCUCGCCAAGGAGGGUGCCAAGUACAACAUCAUCUGCAACGUCAUUGCGCCCGUCGCCGCUAGCCGCAUGACUGAAACCGUCAUGCCGCCUGAUGUCCUGGCCCUCAUGAAGCCCGAAUGGGUCGUGCCCUUGGUGGCCGUCCUGGUGCACAAGAACAACACGAGCGAAUCAGGCUCCAUCUUUGAGGCCGGCGGUGGCCACGUCGCCAAGCUGCGGUGGGAGCGGUCCAGCGGUCUGCUUCUCAAGUGCGACGACAGCUAUACCCCGAGCGCCAUCCUCAAGAGGUGGAAUGAAGUGACCGACUUCUCGAACCCGCAGUACCCCAGCGGGCCCAACGACUUCCUCGCGCUCCUGGAAAAGUCACAGACGCUGGGCCCCAGCGAGCAGGGCGAGAAGAUUGACUUCAAGGGCCGGGUUGCCCUCGUCACUGGCGGCGGUGCGGGCAUCGGCCGUGCCUACUGCUUGGCUUUUGCCAAAGCCGGCGCCUCGGUGGUUGUCAACGAUCUUGCUAACCCGGACGACGUCGUCAACGAGAUCAAGAAGAUGGGCGGUAAGGCCGUGGGCGCCAAACUGUCGGCCGAGGACGGCGACGCUGUUGUCAAGGUCGCGAUCGACACCUUUGGCCGCAUCGAUAUUGUCAUCAACAAUGCUGGUAUCCUGAGGGACAAGGCCUUCAACAACAUGGAUGACAGCCUCUGGGACCCUGUCAUGAACGUCCACGCCCGCGGUACAUAUAAGGUUACCAAGGCCGCUUGGCCCUACUUCCUCAAGCAGAAGUACGGCCGCGUCGUCAACACCACCUCGACAAGCGGCAUCUAUGGAAACUUUGGCCAGGCAAACUACUCUGCGGCGAAAUGCGCUAUCCUGGGAUUCUCCCGCGCCCUUGCUCUUGAGGGUGCCAAGUACAACAUCUACGUCAACACUAUUGCCCCUAAUGCGGGCACAGCGAUGACGAGGACUAUCCUACCUGAAGAACUCGUCCAGGCUUUCAAACCUGACUACAUUGCUCCCCUGGUCCUCGCCCUCUGCAGCGACAAGGUUCCCAACCCAACCGGCGGCCUGUACGAGGUUGGCAGCGGCUGGGUUGGUCAGACGAGGUGGCAGCGGACGGGCGGCCACGGCUUCCCUGUCGAUGUGCCGCUUACCCCCGAGGCGGUGGUCAAACACUGGAACGACAUCGUUACCUUUGACGGCCGUGCUGAUCAUCCUGAGAAGACGCAGGACAGUCUGCAGAAAAUUAUGGCAAAUCUGGAGAAUCGGAGCGGUGAGGGCAAGAGUGGGAAAGCCGCUAGCAAUCAGUACCUAGACGCCAUUCAGAAGGCCCUCAAGGCCGAGGGCAAAGGCACCGAGUUCAAAUACACGGAACGCGACGUAAUUCUGUAUAACCUCGGCAUUGGCGCUAAGCGGACCGACCUGCGCUACGUCUUCGAGGGUAACGACGAGUUCCAAGUCAUCCCAACCUUUGGCGUUAUCCCGCCCUUUGACGCCGAGAUGCCUUACAGUCCAGACGACCUCGUGCCCAACUUCUCUCCCAUGAUGCUCCUCCACGGGGAGCAGUACCUCGAAAUCAAAAAGUACCCCAUCCCCACGUCCGGCCGGCUCAUCUCUAAGGGUAGGCUGCUCGAGGUGGUCGACAAGGGCAACGCCGCCAUCGUCAAGAGCGGCAUCACCACGGUCAACGCCGAGACGGGCGAGGAGCUCUUUUACAACGAGAUGACCGUCUUCCUCCGCGGCUGCGGCGGCUUUGGCGGGCAAAAGAAGGCCGCCGACCGCGGGGCCGCCACGGCCCAGCACAAGCCCCCAGCCCGCGCGCCCGACGUCGUCGUCGAGGAGAAGACAACCGAGGAGCAGGCCGCCGUGUACCGCCUCAGCGGCGACUACAACCCGCUCCACAUCGACCCGGGCUUCGCAAAGGUCGGCGGCUUCAAGGAACCCAUCCUGCACGGCCUGUGCUUCUUUGGCAUUGCCGGCAAGGCCGUGUACGAGAAGUUUGGCCGGUUCAAGAACAUCAAGGUCCGGUUUGCGGGCACCGUCUUACCGGGGCAGACGCUCGUCACUGAGAUGUGGAAGGAGGGGGGCAAGGUGAUUUUCCAGACCAAGGUCAAGGAGACGGGCAAGUUGGCGAUUGGCGGGGCGGCGGCUGAAUUGGCUUGAGUUGGGGGUUAUGGAAUGUUUGUUUCUUUAUGUACUUCCUUUUUUUGCUUUUGGGGCAAGGUAUAAUUAGUGUUAACAUGCUUGCACGGCACCGGUAGCCCGGUUGUGGAAUGUAGGAAUUUACGAUUGUUUGGGGUGUCUGCAUAUUCCAGUUACUAUCCGUUGGACCUCCAUGGAUCGAAUGGGUCAUUUGCUAUGAUCUGAUCACGGCUUGCAACAGGUUUGUUC